ACGCCAUUUCCGAAAUGAUUACCCGACGGAUUAUCCGUUCCGUGUCAGGGUAGGUGUUUAAUCUUCAAAGCCGACGAUUACGCAUAAAGGCGAGCACAUAAAAGACUUGCUUUGCGACUUAUGGAUUCCUCUAGAACAGAGCCCCAGAGACCACAGGUGAAGUCCUGGUGCCAGCAUGUACGUACUCUCUCACCUGCAUUAUGCUGGGAGGAAGUCAUCAGGCGACAGAGAGGGCAGGAAUGUGAUGUGUGUCAUGCACAGGGCCCCAACUUGUGGUUGUGUCUUGCACGUGGAUGUAGCAGCAUUGGGUGUGGUGAAAAUGUCCAAGACCACAGCACCAUUCAUGCCAAGGAACAUUGUCAUCAUGUUUUGGUGAACUUGACAACUCUUCGGCUUUGGUGUUACGGGUGUGAUAGCGAAGUGUUUCCUGGACAAAAUAACCCACCGUUCAACAUUCCUGAGGUGUUACCAGCCAAUGGUCUAACACCUUGUGUUCAUGCUGAAAGUUCCAACUGUAGUACACCACAGCGCAGCAUUUCAGGCGGUGAUGAUUCAGAGUCUGACAUGGAUGAUGAAAAUGCUCGGCCUAGAGGUUUAACAGGGCUUCAAAAUCUGGGGAACACCUGUUAUUUAAACUCUGCCAUUCAAGCAUUAUCUAACUGCCCUCCGCUAACACGAUUUUUUCUUGACUGCCCUGGCUACGUGCGAACAGAAAAGUCACCCAUGCUGUCCAAAGGCUAUCAGAAACUUGUGUCUGAGAUAUGGCACAAGAAAAGACCAAGUUAUGUUGUUCCCAGUAACAUUGUGAGUGGAAUCAAAGUGGUACAUCCAAUGUUCCGUGGAUACACACAGCAGGAUGCCCAGGAGUUCCUGAGGUGUUUUAUGGAUCAGUUACACGAAGAACUGAAAUACCCAGCACCUUCCACUGACACUGAAGAUGAUAAUGAUGAUGAGGAAGAGGAUAUAGAAGAACUGGAGAGUGGCAUAGCCUCUCCUUCAGAACUGGAUUCUCACAGUCUGGCCUGUGGUGAUGGCGAUGCUGGGGAGGGGAGAAGAGCUUGUGAACACCAUCGGCAGAACUCUAUGGACUCCAGCAGCAGUCAGUCUGAGUGUGACUAUGAAACCUGUGAUUCUGGACUAAGUAGUGAGCGUGGGUCGCAAGCAGAUCACAGCAUGUCUGGUGAUGAGAACAGCGAUGUCAACGAACACACAUUGUGCCUGCCUAAUGGUGUCCUUAAUGGUGGAAAUGGAGGGGCUGGAGGUACAGGCAAUAAUAGCAUCAUCAAACAGAGCCCCUUGUCACAGCCACGCAACAACAAGAAUCGAAACUCCUACGCCUCACAGACAUGGAAUACUUCUACGGAUGACAGUGUUGACAAAGUGGCCAACCUCAAAGAGAUUAAGGAAACUGCAAACCUUUUGUCCAAAAUAGAGACAGAAAAUGCUCGUCACCAGGGCUGCAGUGGUGACAGACUUCACAAGAGUGAAUCAGGCGAGUACCUAGAUGCUCUGUCCGAUGUCAGUCCUGCAGCCAGCACACGCUGUAAGACUGCAGCCCUGACUCAGCAGCAACCCUUUCACCAACAGCAACAUCCACAUGCUGUAGUCAACAGCAAGUCCACCUGCACCAGUGUAAAACCUUCAUGCAGAGGUGUCAAGAAGAACAUGCAGUAUGAAAGUGUCAUCUCUCACAUCUUUGAUGGGAAGAUUUUAAGUUCUGUUCAGUGCCUGUACUGUGAACGGGUGUCAACAACAAAGGAAACCUUUCAGGACUUAAGCCUACCUAUUCCCACCAAGGACCACCUGCAGGUGCUUCACUCUGGCCAUCCUCUCACUGUGCCAGUUGGGGGGGCCAUGGUGGGGCCCAGAGGGGGAACUUGUGGAGACCAGUUGGGCAGCCAAAGUUGGCUGAGUAGAAUGUUUUCUUGGAUGAAGAGCUGGUUUGUUGGGCCAACUAUUACACUCCAACACUGCCUGUCGGCCUUUUUCUCAGCUGAUGAGUUGAAGGGAGACAACAUGUACAGUUGUGAACAGUGCAAAAAACUACGAAAUGGCUUGAAGUAUUCCAAGGUCCUCAAGCUGCCUGAGAUAUUGUGCAUACAUCUGAAGAGGUUCCGUCACGAAUUCUUUUCAUCCAAAAUCAGCAGCUACAUCUCCUUCCCUCUUCAUGGCCUAGAGAUGAAGCCGUACUUACACAAAGACUGCAAGUCCGAGAUCACAACUUAUGACCUGGUGGCUGUGGUUUGUCACCAUGGGACUGCUGGGGAUAUACAAGUGAAGUGGUUGUGCUGUGUUGCAGCGGGUCACUACACAGCAUACUGCCUCAAUCAUGUCAAUGAGCAAUGGUAUGAGUAUGACGAUCAGUAUGUUACAGAAGUUGAUGUGUCACAAGUAAUCAACAGUGAAGCCUAUGUCCUCUUCUACAGGAAAUCUGAUGAACACAUGGUCAGCUUGAGAAUGAAAGCCAUGCAACUGCGUGAUGCACAUGAACCAAGUCUUCUGCAGUUUUAUGUGUCCAAACAGUGGAUCAAUCGUUUCAACACGUUUGCUGAGCCAGGGCCCAUCACCAACACAGACUUUCUCUGUAAACAUGGAGGAGUUCCACCCAACAAAGUCAGCCAUGUUGAAGAGCUUGUAGAGCCCUUGGAGCAGUCAGUGUGGGAGCUGCUAUACAAAAAGUUUGGUGGAGGUCCUGUGUGCAACAGACUGUAUGCCUGCCAGGUAUGUCAACAGGAAUUGGAGAAACUUCGCACUCGCCAGAAAAAUGAGAUGGACAGCUUCAUUAUGUUGAAUGAAAAGUUCCAGGCAGAAGAGAACCAUCAGCCACACAUCUAUGCCAUGAGCAUGGCUUGGUUCAGACAAUGGGAGGCUUUUGUGCGGGGGAAAACAGACACCCCUCCAGGCAUGAUUGACAACAGUCGCAUUGCCUCGUAUCGUGGUGGGCAGCCCUACGUUCGCCCAUCAUCUGAUUAUGGACAGCUGUCACAUGACAUGUGGACUUUCCUGCACAACAUCUACGGUGGAGGACCAGAGCUGAUCAUCAGACAGCGCACACUGUCUUCAUCAUCUGCCACUUCCCCUGCUGCUUCACCUGCCAUUAGCAGCACAGGCAGCCCUUCUUCUACCAUUAAAGAGACUUCAGCAGUUUCCUCAUCAAGCCCACCACCAUUGAUGCCAUCAGCUCCCUGUCAGCCAGCAGCAUCCAGCAUCACCAGCACACCUUCUGAUGACUCUGCCACUCUGGCUUUGUCAGCAUCCCCGUCACCAUCUGAUGACGGUUCAUCAUCAGAACACGUCCCUGUGGCAGCAGACAAGACACGGGGACCUCCUACUAGUUCUUCCUCCUCCUCCUCCACCAUCACGCCAUCCAUGUCUCCAUCCAAGAGCAGCACUAACACUAGUGUCAAGCACACACAUGCAGAGGAGGCAGACACAGCAGAUGGGCAUGUAACAGAAUGCACUGAGGAGGGGGAGCUAAGAACAUCCAGUGGUGUAUUCAUCACACAGCAAGAACUCAAGGGAAUUCCUCAGCCAAUGGAUGUCACGCGACUAUGAUGGCUGUAGUUCUUCAUAUGAACCUCUUCUUGGGGCAAAUCAUGCAGCUUGUGGGAUUACACUUGUUGCGUUUUCCAACUUACGUUAGAUAGAGUGUUCUGGUGUGUAUUUGAUCAUUUACUGAACUAAUAAAAACUUGGUUAACAGACCAUGCAGAAUGUG